GUUCACUGACUCAACACGGGGUGGCAGUAAUGCGACACCGAGGAUGCUAGCUGCCAUUGGACCUCGAAGAAGAGGACGAAGAAGAAGAAGAAGAUGAAGAUGGAGUCAGAAACAGGACGUUGCGCCUAAUCUGGGAAUCUGCAGACCGCUGAAUAUCAAUAAACCUGAACCUGUUUACUUUGGGAACGACAGACUGUGUGUCUCUCCCGCGUAGCACCGACAGCCGGACUCCAGUUGGGUUCUCCAAGCUCCCAGAAGUUCCUCCCUUCCUCCACUCAUCAUGGUGGACUACUACCAGGUUUUAGGAGUAAGGAGAGAUUCGUCUGCGGAUGACAUAAAGAAAGCCUACAGAAAGCUGGCGCUGAGGUGGCACCCUGAUAAAAACCCUGAGAACAAGGAGGAGGCCGAGAUAAAGUUCAAGGAGCUGUCUGAGGCUUAUGAAGUCCUGUCAGAUGCCAACAAGAGGUCCAUAUAUGACCGCUACGGCAAAGAAGGGCUGACCGGGACCAACGGAGGAAGAGGGGGCCACUUCCACAACGGAGAGCAUUUCCACGAACAUUUCACAUUCCGCAACCCAGAUGACGUCUUCAGGGAAUUCUUCGGAGGCAGCGACCCGUUUGCAGACUUCUUCGGUACAGAUCCAUUCAACGAGGACCCGUUCUUCGGCCGGCGGCACCAGAACCGGGCCAAUCGCAGCCGAACAGGCGGCUCGUUUUUUGGGGGCUUUGUUGGGUUUCCUCCUUUUGGUGCCGGCUUCUCCGCCUUCGACCCGGGCUUCGGCUCUUUCGGCUCUAUGAGUCAUAUGGGUCAUAUGGGUCACAUGGGUCACAUGGGUCACAUGGCACCCAUGGCCAGCCUGGGAGGCGGAGGCUUCGCCUCUUUCUCCUCCUCCUCCUUCGGGGGAGGUGGAGGAGGCAUGGGCAACUUCCGCUCAGUAUCUACCUCCUCCAAGAUCAUCAACGGAAGGAAGAUCACCACUAAAAGGAUCGUGGAGAACGGUCAGGAGCGGGUGGAGGUGGAGGAGGACGGUCAGCUGCGGUCAUUAACCAUUAACGGCAAAGAGCAGCUGCUGCGGCUGGAGCACAAGUGAGGAGGGAGAGCGCCCCCUGCUGGAGAAGUGUUACCUCGGCACAAACAGACCAACACAUUUGAGCUCCAAUCGGAAGGAGGAAGAGGAAGAAAAAGCAUAAAACCACCGUAAUAAUAGUGCUCCGCUGUUGUUUGGGUGUACAUACUUAGUUUGUUUCCCCUCGUGUCCUCUCUCCCUGCUGACUCUCUGUUGAUCGUCGGUUUGAUUCCCAAAUUAGGACGCAGACAUUCUAUGCAUUUUUGUUAAUGUAUUUCUGAAUUGGAGCUGUCCUUUUACUUUGGCUCAGGGUGGUGUUAUUGUUUGCGUGUUUCGGACCACAGUAUUGCUCUGAUGUAAAUGACCCUACAUACACACACACUGUG